AUGGCGUCAGAAGAGGUCCCCGCGCCGGCGGCGGAGCGAAUUCGGGUGGUCGGCAAGUGGGCCGGCGCCCUGGAGGUGGACCUGGGCGCCUGGACGGUGCCGAUGCUGCGGGCGGAGGUGGCGCGGCGGGUUGGGGACGGCGUGGGGCCUGAGUGCGUCGGCCUCAUCUUCGGCGGCCGCGUGCUCAAGGAUGAACCCCCCGCCUCGCUGCGGGAGGCCGGACUUAAGGCGAACGCCAAGGUGCUCUCCUCCCUUACAUCCCCCGAUCGCGCCAAAGAAAUCGCAGCCGAGGCCGCCAAGGCGAAGGCUGAGGAGGAGCACGCUGCAAGGCUUGUCAGGCUGUGGGAAGCUGCAAAAACAUUGUCUCAAAGGCACACAGAUGGCUCCUACCUUGCGGAAGAAGACUACAACUUAGAUCUUGAGGAUCAAAGUGGCCAGAAAGUGAUGUUUGGAUCUGUAGAUGAUAAAAAGGCUUUGACGAUGGCUCUAAUGCUUCACCAAAAAGCUAAAACUCAUAUGAAGAGGGGAAUGUACAAGGAAGCACUAGAUGUGUUAACAAUGGCUGAGGAAGCUUUCUCCCUUUGUGACCCAAAGCUUAUUGAGAAAGUUGAUAAUGUGCCAAUGCUUCAACUAGAUAUAGUAUGGUGUUAUUUUGUGCUUCGUGAUGUAUCAUGCUUAGAGGUCGCAGGGACUCGCCUAGAAAAAGCACGGUUAGGUUUUGAACGUUCUCAUGGGAAAGAUUCUACUCGCUUCAGAAUACUCCAGGCUGGCCGGCAAGCUGAUCUUGCUAUUUAUGUAAGGCUGGAGCUUUUGGAAGGAGUGGUGGCAUACCAUAAUGGUCAUGUUGAAAAGGCGCGUGAAUCUCUCACUUCUGCCCAUGCUAAAUACCUGCAGCUUCAAGUACCAGAGGAAGCUAUAUCGAUGUUAAUGGAUAUGGGCUAUGAAGCACGAUCUGCAAAAAGAGCAUUGAAGAUGACUGGCUAUGAUAUUCAAUCAUCAGUUGAACUCUUAUGUGAGGAGCGUGAAAAGAAAAUUCGUAGAAGAGAGGAGGACCGAGUGAGACAAAGAGAGAUUCUGGAACAAAUGGCAUAUGGUAAAACUCCCAUGAACAAGGCAGUUGACAUGCAGAAGCUGAAAGGCUUGACUGCUAUCGGAUUUGAGAAGUAUCUUGCUGCAGAAGCACUGCGCAUAAAUGAAAAUGAUGCUGACAAAGCAUUAGACCUUUUGACAAAUCCUGAACAAAACUGCAUCCUACAAAGUAAAAUUCAGGCAAAGAGAAGCCGGGCAUCUCGUGGAUCAUCGAGCUCUAGGGCAGCUGUUGCCAGGGCUGCUCCAGCAAUCAACAGCUCUCAGACUUCUGUCAAUGAUGCACCACAUCCUGCUGAUGGAGAUGCUCCACCACAUCCUGCGGAUGGAGGAGAUGCUCCUCCACAUGCUGCAGAUGGAGAUGCCCCUCCACAUGCUGCAGAUGGAGAUGCCCCUCCGAUGAACAAUGAAGAAACUGCGAACCAAGAUGAAAUUAUGAUUGAUGAAGUAGCUGCCGAUGAUGAAGACGAAGGCGCAAACUCUCAUCCAGUUCCAGCCAGGGAUGCGUCGAUGGAAAGUGAGCUUGCCAAUGAACUGACGGGGGAUGCCUUGGAUGACUACGAUAUUGAUGUCAGUAACGAAGGACAGGCAAUUGCAGAGUACUUGAGCUUACUGGAGGCUGCUCCUGCUCCUAGUUCUUAG